AUGGCUUCGAGCACCCACGCAAUUGAUGACCACUUCGCCACUAAUGGCGUUGCGCCAAGCGGCCUACCCUCUGCGAGUAAACCGGUCUCGGCCGAACGGCGCCUGCAGAAUCGCAAGGCCCAAAAGACAUACCGGGAUCGAAGACGGGCGCGAUUGCGAGAGUUAGAGGACAAGGUUGCCCGGCUGGAUGGCGUCUAUCCAUCACAGUCUGAUCAGUCUGAUGGAUAUCCACUCUUGUCGGCGACCGGAAACUUGGUGCCACUGUUGGGCAACCCUUCCCCAGCGUCUUCACCCCGUGAUUGGCACCCCACGGGAUUGAACCCGAGUAUCAUGCCCAGCUCAGAUGGUGAUCUCUCCCUGGUUGGCCUUACCACGUGGCUCGACCCGGCGAGACCAGGCGGGUACAGCAUCCAGACUUCUUCAAACGCUACGCAGUUCGCCGACUCCUUCUUUCCUGGGCAACUACCAAUAGCCAAUGCGCAUCGAGAAUCAAUGCUUGAGAAUCCUAGCAGCCUUAUGGACACUCAAUCUGAGAAACCACGGAGUCAAAGAGACAUUCUGAUCUUUCGGCCUGGUGGAAAGACAGUUUCUGCCCAACUGCGACAGCUCCGACAACGCAUUCUGGCCUUGCCGCAGGCAGCACGGGAUGAGCUCCGGGACUGGGCCAAGAAUGGGAAUUUCAGCUUUGUAGACACCUUUCAUUACCUCGUAGAAGACGGGAACGGUCACGGCUCACCACUAACCCAUCUACAUCAACACCCUGGAGCCACGGCGUCCUAUUCCCCCUCUCUCGGGUUUGACUUUGCUCUCUUCCUCGACGAGAAUAGCAAAUCUCCAUUUCACGGCGGGCCGCUGGAUGGUGGCGCUGAUGAGGCCAACGUCCCGCCUAGUCUGCGCCCCAUAUCGUCACAGCUCUCUAUUCCACAUCAUCCCUACAUCGACUCGCUGCCAUUUCCUACCUUCCGUCGUCGGAUAUUGGCUGCUUUGUCGACCGACCCUCCAUUACUAGACGAAGACGACCUCUGCAUCGAUCUAAUGUUCGACAUUUGGACGAAGUGA